AUGGUCGUCGCAACAACUGAUGUCUGGCCUAAUACUGCUGGCUUCGACACGGAUUAUCAAGAGCACGAACCCGUCGAGCUCGCCGUUCACGGUAACAUCCCACGAUAUGCUGCAGGUGUUCUUUACAGGACAGGACCUCUGGGCUUCAAGGCGAAAACAGACGAUGGCAAAAUAUGGGCAGCAAAACAUUGGUUCGAUGGCUUCUCCUGCGUCCAUCGCUUCCAGAUCGACUUCCCGGAUGGUAGCAGUACUCCCAAAGUCACUUAUCGAUCCAGACGUACAGUAGACGAGUACAUCAACAUGGUUCGCACCACCGGCAAGCUUGAGACUGCGACUUUCGGUGCGAAGCGCGACCCCUGCGAGAGCUUCUUCCAAAAGGUCAUGAGCAUAUUCGUACCCAAGCUGAAGAACGAGAAGAACGUUGGAGUGACUCUAUCAAUCAACAUGCCUGGAAGCGAAAAGGUUGCCCGUGGUAAGCCACUCGAGACCAGCAAUCAUACCAGUGGCAUAAAGACGCUGUGUGCGAAGACAGAUUCUAGCGCUCUCAAGUUGAUUGAUCCUGAGACUUUGGAGCCAAAGGAGUAUGCUCGCCAAUCCGCCCUCCACCCAGACCUCAGAGGGCCCUUCUCCGCCGCGCAUGCAAAGUCCGACCCCAACACGGGCGACAUGUACAACUUCAAUCUCGAGUUCGGUGCUCUUGGUUGCACAUAUCGCGUCUUCCGCGUAUCGGCGGCCACAGGAGAAACAGAAAUUCUUGCGACCUUCCCCGGUACACCAGCAUACAUUCACUCUAUUUUCCUGUCUGAGAGCUAUGUCAUUGUCUGCGUUUGGAACUCUCACAUCACAUGGAACGGCAUUGGGCUUCUGUGGCACAAGAACAUUGUCGACGCCAUUGCUCCUUUCGAUCCCAACUCGAAAGCCCGCUGGUACGUCGUCGAUCGCAAAUCAGACAAGGGUCUGGUUGCAACCUUUGAGAGCGACCCUUUCUUCUGCUUCCAUAGCAUCAAUGCCUGGGAAGAACCGUCUGCCUCUGAUAAGAGCAAGACCGACGUCAUUGUGGAACUGAGCAUGUUCGAGAACCUCGACGUUGUAAAGCGCUUCUACUAUGACAACAUCAUUUCCUCCAUCGACACACCAGAAUUCAACGGCGAGAAGCGCAUGUCUUGUCUCCCCAUGCAGACACGAUUCCGCCUCCCCAGCGUCGACGCCGGUUUGCCUCCUACAACACCUCUGCCAGCUGAACUUGUAUUUAAGGCGGAGAAGUUCAACUCCAUGGAACUCGGCACCAUCAACCCAGCCUACCUCCUUCGUCCCCACCGCUACACCUACGGCUGUGCUGACCGUCUCCGAUCAACCUUCUUCGACGGCAUCGUCAAAUUUGAUAACCACACGAUGAAGUCUAUCUUCUGGGAGGUGGAAGGUCACACGCCCGGUGAGCCAAUUUUCAUUGCUGAUCCAGAGGGCACCGAGGAAGACGACGGUAUUCUGUUGAGUGUAGUACUUGACGGAUACAAGGAGAAGAGCUACCUACUUGUCCUCAAAGCAAAGGACCUGAGCGUCUUGGGCAGAGCAGAUAUGCAUGGACCUAUGAGCUUCGGAUUCCACGGCACAUUUGGUGGUGCGGGAGCGAAAUACAGGGGAGACAUCUAA